AUGGUGACAGUAAGAUCUGUUGUAGCUUUAGCUUCUAUUAAGGGUUGGCCUUUAAAUCAGCUGGAUGUAUGUAACGCAUUUUUGCAAGGUGACUUUUAUGAAGAUGUUUACAUGAAAAUGCCUCCUGGUUUUCCAUCUAAAGAUAAGGAACAUAAAGUUUGCAAGUUACAAAAGUCAGUAUAUGGCUUGAAACAAGUCUCUCGACAAUGGAACUUGAAAUUUAGUGUAACACUGAUUGAAGGGGGUUUUCAACAAUCCAAAUAUGAUUACUCUCUUUUUAUCAAAAAGAACAAUGGUCUACUAACAGUUUUACUUCUGUAUGUAGAUGAUAUAUUGUUGACAGGAGAUGACUUGGCAAGCAUUGAACAUAUAAAGGCUUAUCUUGCUUCAAAAUUCCAUCUUGAAGACCUUGGCACACUAAAGUUUUUCCUUGGACUUGAGAUAGCUCGAUCUGAUCAAGGAAUUUGCAUUAAUCAGAACAAAUAUGCAUUGGAAUUGAUAUCUGAAGCUGGCCUCAACUUUGUAAAACCAUCUAGCAUACCCAUGGAACAAAACACAAAGCUAACUAGUUUUGAAUAUGACAACAAUGAUGAGCAGAAAGUUGAUCCUCUCCUUGAAGAUCCUGGUGUGUAUCAAAGGUUAAUAGGUCGUUUGAUCUAUUUAACUAUGACAAGGCCUGAUAUUAGCUAUGUGGUACAACUCCUUAAUCAGCACAUGCACAAACCCAGAAGGUCACAUAUUGAUGCUACCAUGAAGGUAAUCAGAUACAUAAAGUUGAAUCUUGGCUCUGGUUUAUUGUUUUCCUCUUCCAGUAAAUUGGAGUUACAAGCUUUUUGUGAUAGUGAUUGUGCUUCAUGCUUAAUGAGUAGACGAUCUACGACAGGAUUUUGUGUUUUUUUGGGCAACUCAUUGGUAUCUUGGAAAUCUAAAAAGAAAAAGACUGUGUCCAAAUCAUCUGCUGAAGCAGAAUAUAGAUCAAUGGCACAACUUUCUUGUGAACUUUCAUGGAUCAUUGGUUUAUUCGGAGACUUGGAUGUUGAUUCAUUGACCCCAACUAGUAUGUAUUAUAAUAAUACUGCCGUCAUUCAUAUCUUGGCCAAUCCUGUGUUUCAUGAGCGCACGAAACACAUUGAGAUAGAUUGCCACAUUAUAAGAGAAAGGAUUUUAGAAAGUAUCAUUAAGAUUCAUCAUAUCUCCACGAUUGAGCAGGUUGCUGACUUGAUGACAAAACCGCUAAGUUGGAAACAAGAUGACUACUUAAUUGGCAAGCUGAGAAUGAUUAAUUUGUAUCAUGUACCAACUUGA